UUAUAGAGAUUAGAAUCUCUUUCUCUUUCUCUCUCUCUCUGGAAUUAUGAUCAUGAAGCACAACUACAACACUAAUUAUUUUUGCACUGCGUUGCUUUUUGUUCUUAUAUUCCUUUAGUGUCUCAAUCCCACUUUGCUUUCCUUUGUUCCUCUUUCCAACAACCGACACUAAUGGUGGCGGCGGCCGCUUUUCUCUUCACUGUCGCGUUGCUGUUGGCGGAGGCUGUUUCUGGAUUUCCGGUGACUCUGAAACUGGAAAGGGCAUUUCCUUCGAAUCAUGGGGUGGAGUUAAGUGAGCUCAGAGCGUGGGACACUGUAAGACAUCGUAGAAUGUUACAGAGUACUAACUAUGUUGUCGAUUUCCCAGUUAAAGGCGCAUCCGAUCCCUCACAAGUCGGGCUUUAUUUUACAAAGGUGCAAUUGGGUUCUCCUCCAAGGGAGUUUCAUGUGCAGAUUGACACUGGCAGUGAUGUUCUUUGGGUUAGUUGUGGUUCCUGCAAUGGUUGUCCCCAGACAAGUGGUCUCCCAAUUCAGCUCAAUUACUUCGACCCUGGGAGUUCAUCAACAUCUUCAUUGAUUUCUUGUUUUGACCAAAGGUGCAGGAGUGGAGUACAGUCAUCAGAUGCUAGCUGUUCCAGUCAGAGCAACCAAUGCACUUACACAUUCCAGUAUGGAGAUGGUAGUGGAACAUCAGGCUAUUAUGUAUCAGACUUGAUGCAUUUUGCCAGUAUUUUUCAGGGACAUUUCACCACAAAUUCAUCAGCCCCAGUAGUUUUUGGUUGUAGCAAUCUUCAGACUGGGGACUUAACAAAGUCUGAUAGAGCAGUGGAUGGGAUUUUUGGAUUUGGGCAACAGGGCAUGUCUGUCAUUGACCAGCUAUCCUCACAAGGACUAGCUCCAAGAGUGUUCUCUCAUUGCCUGAAAGGAGACAGUAGUGGUGGGGGCUUAUUGGUUCUUGGUGAGAUUGUGGAGCCAAACAUAAUUUAUAGUCCACUUGUUCCAUCACAGCCUCAUUACAAUUUAAAUAUGCAGAGCAUCUCUGUCAAUGGCCAAGCAUUGCAAAUUGAUCCUGCAGUUUUUGCUACAUCAAACACUAGAGGUACCAUUAUUGAUUCUGGAACAACUCUGGCGUACCUUGCAGAUGAGGCUUACAAUCCCUUUGUCAAUGCGAUUACAGCUGCUAUUCCACAAUCUGUGCGCACUGUUCUUUCUAGAGGAAAUCAGUGUUACUUAACAACAAAGACCAGCAUUGCUGACAUUUUUCCUCAAGUAAGUCUGAACUUUGCUGGUGGUGCAUCUCUGGUUUUAAGGCCACAGGACUACCUUAUUCGGCAGAAUUAUAUUGGCGAUGGAUCAGUGUGGUGUAUUGGCUUUCAGAAAAUCCAGGGUCAAGGUGUAACAAUUCUAGGAGACCUUGUAUUGAAAGACAAAAUUUUUGUCUAUGAUCUUGCUGGUCAACGCAUUGGAUGGGUUAGCUAUGACUGUUCUUUGCCGGUUAAUGUAUCUGCAUCAACUGGUACGGGAAGAAGUGAAUUUGUCGACGCAGGAGAGCAAAGUGGCAGCACUUCUUUACGUGAUGGACCUCACAAGUUGAUAAACAUAGGUGUCCUUGCUCUCUUCAUGCACAUAACACUGAUAUGCUGCUUUGUAUUUUUGUAGCAUGUGGAAUUGGAACUAAUAUUCUUUUUUACAAUGUAUAUAUUCUCUUGCUGGUAUAUAAUUACUUGGGUUGUCGCUUGUGCCUUCUUUCUGCACAAUAGGUUGGUCUCUUUUUAAUUUCAGGUGCUUAUGUAAGUCACCCUUUACCAGCCAUAUUUC